AUGUCUUUAACAGAGUAUUUAGUUGCGAGAUAUAAAUACGCUGAAGUUUCUGUUGCAUCCCUCAUCCCUUUAAAAUACCCAAGAGACCAGGAUAGUGAUGACAACGAGGAGAUUGGUGAUGAUGGUGGCAGAAAUAAAUGUUCCAAAUAUCAAAUAAACAUUUUUCAAACCUCAAGAAGUUAUGAUUAUGUUCAGAAGGAACGACAAGACAAACUUAGAAAUGACUGCAAUCGCUUUCACAAAAAUUACACUUCCCAGUCAUUCCUUGAAAGAUUAAAUAAUAAUAUACAAUUAUAUGAUAAUAUGGGAUUCUUGUAUUGCCGAAUUCAGAAAGUGGGAUCUACCUUUUUACGAAAAACAUUAAAAACAUUAUUUGCCGGACUGGAAUAUCAAGUUUUGCAAGGUGAAAAUAUGCUUCAGAAUCGAACCUGGGAAUUUAAGGAGUGUCUUUCAAAAUUGCCAAAAAUCAUGUUUGUUCGUGAGCCAUAUGGCAGAGCCCUUUCAGGAUAUGUAGACAAACUCUUUGCCCCUAAUCCAUUAUACUGGAAGAUAACUGGACGCCAUAUUGUGAGAACCGUAAGGGGAAUAAAUGCAAGUGAUUCUUCACUGAGUUGUGGACAUGAUGUCACGUUUCCAGAAUUCAUGAAAUACCUGAUUAUCUCCCAAAGAACAUUGAGAGACCGUGACCGACAUUUUUAUCCAAUGUCUGAGCAUUGCUUUCCCUGUAAUAUUAAGUACGACUUUAUUGGGAAAAUGGAGACAUUUCGAGAAGAUGUUGCACACUUAUUGGAUUCCUUUAAUUCUCAACUUCCUGUUGCAAUACCAGAUGAUAAUUUUGAAAAGGAAUCUGAUUUGAAUAUUGCUCAAGAUUAUAUUGAUCAACUAUUUUAUUUCAAAAAAGAAACAGAAAUAUGUGAACCAUUUCAUAAAUCACUUCUACGAUUCUGGCGAGAUUUUCAGAUUCGAGGAAUAAUACCUAUAGAAGUCAAGAUGCCUUUCACCUCAGAAGGAGCAAAAAACUUCACAAAAUCAGAAGUGGUUGAUAAAGUUACCGAUAUCAUCCAAUCUAUACAAAAUCGUACAAAAUUAAAAGAACAGAGAAUAGAAGCAAAAGUAGAAGCGUUUAGUCAAAUACCUAAAGAUAUUAUGAAGGAAUAUUUAGAACUUUAUAGAGCUGAUUUUGAACUAUUUGGCUAUCCAAAAAGCCCUAGUUUUAUAGGAAACAGAACUACUCCUUCCUCUACAAGGUUCAAAUACUUUAACAUUUUUGAUUGA